AAAAUCUUGAUUUUUUGUAAUGGGAUUUGCUUAAUCUGUUUGAAAUAUUGGUUUCUUGCAGUGUUUGUUUCGAAUGAGUUCUGAUCGCAAUUGUUUUUUUAAUUUAUUAUUAUUUUUUAUUAUUUUGAUAUUAUUUACCAUAUUGGGAUUUGCUUAAUGUGUUCUAAAUAUCGGUUUCGGUUUCGAUUUCGGUUUAUUUUGAUGUAUUAUCAUAGUGGGAUUUGCUUCAUUUUAUUAUCAUAUGCUCAGCAAUUUUUUUAAUUUUUUUUAAUGAUCAUGUUUUCGGUUUCGGAAUGGCUGUUUUUCGUUUCGUUUUCAAGAAUUGUUCUUCCGAUUUUUUAUUGAUUUUGCAGAACGAAAAACUCGAUUAAAUCUAUGUGUUGUUUGCCCUCUCUCUCGAUGGGACCCGAAAUCACAGCCGGAGAUAAAUUAAAAGCAAAAAUGAAGGCUUCAUCAACCUACGAAGCGAAUCCAACAUUCGAUAAAGAACUCGAAAACGAGUGUAGGAAUUUCGCAUCUAGAGCGGUUGACCAAACUGAGAAAGUCAACAUAACGGAAGCUACAAAUUCCGGCGUCGAAGCACAGGAAUAUUUGGACGCAACCGAAAGCUCGAGUUCGUUCGACGACUGUGAUGACUCGGAGCCUUUGUACCGACACGGUGACGAUGAUUUCGAUCUCAAUUUCGGAUUCGAUGAUGCUUUCAGACUACGGAAGAAAGAUCUGACUAACGACUGGAGGUCGUAUGUUCAGCCGCUGAGGUGGCGUUGUAAAUGGGUUGAAUUGCAAAUCAAGAAACUUGAGGAACAAGGGCGAAUGUACGACGUACAGCUCGGGAAGUACAGUCAGCAAAAGCAGGCUUGGUUAGAGAAAUCUGCAUUGGAACAAGGCCUUGGUGUAAAAUCAAUACCCUUUUACCAAAACCAUGGUGGAAAAAACGAGGUUCGGAAAAGGAAGAAACGAAGAAGAGCUGAAAAAACAAAGGAUUUAUUACCGUAUAUUUCGCAUCACAACAUUUUUUCUUACUAUGUGAGUAAGAAGGGUUCCGAUCGGGGUGCUUUUGUCGAAGGCGAGUUGAGGAAUCGUGAGGCGAAUCAAAAAGUUGCCACUGACGUUGGAUUUUGGGGCGACGAUCAAUCCUUAUGCAUCGAAAAUGGAAACGAUGAUAAUUCUUUGGAGCAAAUACUCCGCAAGAUUGUUUUUUUACAGUCACGGGUCGGUAAAUUGAAGAGUAGGGUCGAAAAGGUCAAAAGUGAAACCGACGUAAAAACAGCCGAGAAGGUAAUAAGUGAAAACGUCGGAGAAUUAGCUGAGAAGGUCGUAAGUGAAAACAAUGGAAAAUUACCCGAGAAGGUAAUAACCGAAAAAAAUGGAAAAUUACCCGAGAAGGUAAUAACCGGAAAUAAUGAAAAAUUACCGGAGAGGGUAAUAACCGAAAGAAAUGGAAAAUUAUCGGAGAAGGUAAUAACCGGAAAUAAUGGAAAAUUACCGGAGAGGGUAAUAACCGAAAAAAAUGGAAAAUUACCGGAGAAGGUAAAUAGUGAAAAAGUCGGGAAAUCGUCUUCUAGUGAUAUUUCCGAUAAUGAUUUAAUUAGCUCUCCUCUAAAUCGUGGGAGAAAUAUGUCGAUGGCGGAUGCUAUUGCGUAUCAGCUUAUUCAAGGGUAUAUUAUUGACCAUCCCGAACUCGGAAUCGAUAGUCAAGGAGAUUCUUUUCACGAUGCAAAUGGAAACAUAAAUGACGAUAUUCUUGCAUCUAUAUUUCCAAAUGAAGAAGAAGAAGAAGAAGAUCUUCUAAUCGAUAACCAUAGGGCGAUGGAAGUGAUGAGAAAUUAUGAGGAACUAAUCCAACCGGUACAAAAAUCUCCGGUUUUAGCAAAACCUGAUUUUCCGAGGGAUAAUCAAAUGCCGAAAAGAAAACGGGAUAUCGAAGAAGAUGUCGAUGCUAUUGAAAAAAGCAAGAGUAAGAGGGGCAGAAUAGUAAAAGCUGGUCCUAAAUGAUGAAUUAAAUCUGCAAAUAUGUUAAUAUAGGGUUUUUUUUAAUUAUUAUUAUUUUUUUCAAGAUUGUAAAUUGUGAAGUGGUCCAAUUCUUUCGGCACAUAUUAUUUCUUACAUAUGGAUUAAUUGCAUAUAGUUUUCUGAGGAAUGUAGAGUCAGUUGCAUAUAUUGUUAUGCAAAAUUUUGGUAAUUUUUAAGGUGACAUUGUCUAUAUAUUGUUGAGCUUGGUUUCCAUUUCAGAUAGCAAUAUUUAUUUUAGGGUAAAUUACGAAAACCUCUCGGAAAUUAGGUUAAAUUA